AUGUUUAGGAAGCAGGAUUUCAAAAAAUUGGAAUUGUUAGGUUCGGGCAAGAAGCAUACGAAGAUAUAUAGAGUGUAGCAUAUACAAACAAAUAAAGUAUAUGCUUUAAAAGAGAUUGAAGCAACUAAUUUAGAGAAACUAAAUGAAUACAAAGAAGAAGCAGUUCAACUUAGCAAAGUUUAAAAUUGUGGCAACGUAAUUCGAUUUUAUGGAUACUACUUUGCUGAAACUCUGUACAAUACAUUUCGUUUAGGAAUAAUUACAGAGUACUUAUGAGAUUUAUUUAUAUAGGUACAUGGAUCAUAACACUAAUUUGGAAAACCUGUAUAGAAAAAGAAAGAAACCUAAUUAGUUCUGGAAAGAGAAUGAAUUAGUAACUAUGUUGUUUAGUAUAAUAUCAACAUGCUCAUAUUUGCAAUAAAAAGGGAUUUGCCACAGAGAUAUAAAACCAGCUAACUUAUUUAUGAUAACGAAUGGGGAAUUGAAAUUAAUUGAUUUUGGUGAAAGCAAGGAUUAUUUCUUUGAUUUAGACAAUGAAGCCAAAAAUACCUAUACAAUGGCAACAAUUAGAGGCACACCUCAAUAUUUAUCUCCUAUUUUAUGGAAGGCUCAUGUAAUUGAUGGAAAUAGUAGAUAUGUAGAACAUAACAUUUAUAAGUCGGAUGUUUUUUCAACUGGCUUAGUUAUGUAUUAGAUGAGUGCUAUGCAAGAAGUAACUGGAUUCAAUAAUACCUAAUAAAAUGAGGGGGAGCAAUUGAUUUUAUAGAGUUUGGCAUCGCUAGAAUAAAAGUAUAGUCCUGCCUAUGUGUCGAUAAUAAAAUUGAUGUUGAUUUUUGAGGAGGCUUAAAGGCCAUCAUACGUUGAGAUUGAACAAUUGUUCAUAGAGCAUGAGGAGAAAUAUCAUUCAGGAAAGAUAUCUGAGAAUGUGGCUAUAAAUGAAUACAUUUUGUUGUACAAUUAACACUAUAAUACGAUGUUAAAGCGAGGACCUCCUUACAGGACAUCCCAAGAAGCUGAAGUUUAAUUUAAAAAUGUGAUUACUUAACAUAUGAAAAAUGCAGGGUCAUCUUAGGUAAUUGAACAAUCUUAAAAGUCAAAAUAACCACUAAGAGAAUAACCAUCCUCUUAGAAAUAGCAAUAGAUUACUUAAUAAUAAUAAUAGUCAUAAUAAGUUCAAGUUAUUAAAUAGCCUGUCGUAUCUUAAUCAGCUUUUUAUAGAGAUUCUACUUUAAUAUUGAAUGAUUCCUGUUUAUGGUUUGAAUUUGGUGGUAAGACUAUCAGUAAAUUUUCAACGUCUAAACAAAAAUGGCGUUAGAUUGCAAAAUUGGAUGUGGAAUUAGAUAGAUAAUUUACAACUCUUUUUGUUCCUGAUAAAAAAGCAUUUUAUCUAAUUGGUGGAUUUCAAGAAACUAACUUUCGAGUCUAUUAAAAUGAUAGAUUGGAGUUAAUGAAACAUCAAAUUCCUAUGAAUAGGUUCUUCUGUUCUUGCCUCUAUUAUAAUCAAAAAAUCUAUUGCAUUGGAGGAUAUGACGAACAACAUAAAGUGUAAUUAUCAUCAGUGUUAUAUUAUGAUCUUAUUUCAGAGAAAUGGGUUCAAUUAGCUGAUUUAAAAUAACCAAAAAGUCAAGCUGCUGCUUGUAGAAUUAAUGAUAAUGAAAUAGUUUUAUUUGGAGGUUAUAACAAGGAAGAAGGCACUCUAGAUACUAUAGAAAGAUACUUCAUCAACGAGAAUAGGUGGGAAAAAUGUACUUUAAAGCUACCAUUACCAUUAAGGAGGUUUAUGGCAGUCAGAGUUAAAAAGAAUUUAGCUUUAUUGAUAGGAGGUUUAACUAUGUAUGCGAAGGAAAGUUAAAAAGUCUUAAAAGUAGAUUGGGAAAAGAAAGAAAUCAUAGAGUGUGAACCCUUAGAGAAAGGUAUUAUAUUUAUGUAAAACAUUUAGGCGGAAUCGUUGAAAGUGAAGUACUUCUUGAUACUGAAGGCAAUUUACAUAUAUUUCUUGAAAAUGCAAAUGGGACUUCGCCACAUGCUCACAUUAAAUAUUAUUUUGAUCCAAAUGCAACCAAAUAUGAGACUAAAGCUGAUUGA